AUGAGUGCAAUUGAUUCGACUAACCAUGGUGAAACAAUUCACUCAAAUAAAUAUAUAGAAUCAAAUAAACCAAACGAAUUACCAAAUGAUGUAAUAAAAGUACCUUCUUUUCGAAAAAUAACGGAUGAUGAAUCUCCUUACAACUUUGAUGAUAUUUUCCCAGGUGCAACAGACAAUGCAGCAGCACAAAUCCUUGAAUCGCACACAAUUCUUGAAUUAAUUGAAGAUCGAAUUGAUCGUGGAAAUGAAAAAAGAGUUAAACAUCCAUCUUCCUUAAUUAAAAUCUAUAACAUGCAUGAAACAUACGAUUUUGAUAACGAAGAAACAGCAAAAUUAUCGAAAUGUACAUCAAAACCCUCAAUAACUAUGAUCGCCCGAAAUUGGCCGAAGAGAGUUUAUGAUGAUGAGAACAUUAAAAUGUCCGACAAGCUCCAAAAAGAGUUUACUACAAGAUACAAUGAGUAUAUUGCUUCCAGAGAAGAACAAGGCAAAAAAUCUGGAGUCAAAAAGAAACGUAAGAGGAAAUCAAGCACCUCUACUAUACAAAAUAAGGCUCACGAUAAGUAUGAAAAGAAUGAGUUUAGAACAGAGAGCGAUAACGACACAAUUGAUGAUGACUUUCAGUUAGAUUUCAAAUAA